AUGGAUGCACAUCGCGGUCAAGGAAGGGGCUCGUAUAUCUGGGGACGGAGUGUUCACAAUACACGUAUAGAAAGGCUGUGGUAUGAUGUCACACACGGGUUUGGGAUGAAGUGGAAGGACUUCUUCCUCGAACUGGAGACCCACCACGGUCUUGAACCAACCAACCCUGACCACAUAUGGCUGCUCCAUCAUCUGUUCCUUGCGUCCAUCAAUCAGGAUGCACUAGAGUGGGCAGAGAUAUGGAACUCACAUAAGAUGUCCACACCAGGCACUGGAGCCCAGUCUCCUAACGAAAUGUUUUUCUUCAGCAUGCUCCAAGACGGACCACGAGGCUUAGUGCCCCCCGAACAAGAUGUUCAUGAUGACGAGGAUAUCGAAGAUGUCACAUCAUAUGGAAUCGACUGGGAUGUCUACAACGAUCCAUCAAUGGUAGCCCAUCUUGCAGACAGCGAUGAAGAGGAUGAUACUUCCCAUAAUCCAUUUGGGACUCCAAACAAGCUCUCAGAAGUAAUAUGUGAUGCUCCACCCUGCCCUUUACAGCCUCAUGAGGUGGAGGCCUUGAACAACAGAUUGAGGGCAUCUAUCAACAUUUCUGAGCGAGACAUGAAGGUUCGACGCCUAGUCUGGACACAAGCGCUAGCUAUUUGCCAUGAUCUUGUGUCAACGGUGCGCUUAUACACCUUAUACGAGCUACAAUCAAGCUAA